AAUACCCGGAAACCCUCCUCCAAGGGACCUUUCUGGGUGCAGGAAACCUGCAUUUGUCAUUCGAAAUCCGUUAUUAGUAAACAGUCCUGAUGUAAUGUGAGCAGCUAAAAUGGCGAGAGGCCCAGUUUGAACAGUUCUAACUCCAUAAUCAAGUUUGCAGACGACACAAUGGUGGUUGGCCUGAUCAGAGGGGAUGACGAAACGGCCUACAGGGACGUGGUCCGGCAGCUGGCCGCAUGGUGUGCUGACAACAACCUGGCCCUUGACACCCAGAAGACCAAGGAGAUCAUUGUGGACUUCAGGCAUGCUAGGAGCCACACUCACAUCCCCAUCUACAUCAACGGAGCUGUAGUGGAGCGUGUAUCAAGCUUCAAAAUCCUUGGUAUCCACAUUCCCGAGGAUCUCACCUGGUCCCUGAACUCCUCCAUCCUGAUCAAAAAGGUGCAACAGCGCCUUUAUUUCCUGUGGAGCAUCAAGAAAGCUCACCUCUGUCCCAGGAUACUGACGGACUUUUACCGCUGUACCAUUGAGAGCAUACUCACCAACUGCAUCUCAGAGUGGUAUGGCAAUUGUCCCGUAUCGGACCACAAAGCACUCCAGCGUGUGGUAAAAACUGCCCAGCAGAUUAUUGGCACCCAAUUGCCCACCAUUGAGAACAGCUACCAUAAAUGCUGUCUGGGCAGGGCGAAAAGCAUUAUCAAGGAUGCAUUUCACCCUAACCAUGGACUUUUUACUCUCCUCCCAUCUGGUAGGCGCUACAGGAGCCUCCGCUCCCACACCAGCAGACACAGGAAGAGCUUCUUCCCUGAGGCUGUGACCCUGCUGAACCUCACAUCACAGCGCUCAGCGGUAUUGCACCCAUAUUGGACUGUCUCAGUACUUUUAUAUUUGUAUGCUGCAGCACUUACUUUUUAUUUGCAAUUAUUUUGUAAAUAGCACUGUUCUUUUGCACUUCUGGUUAGAUGCUAGUUGCAUUUCAUUGACUUUGUAUCUGUA